AAUUAAACCUGGCAUAAAUAUACAAAUAAUUUACCUAAAAAGUUCCAAACUUUGAAAUAUAAUGAUUGUAUUUACAUAUUUUAUACAAAGACCUAUAGAUAACAUAUAGUUAUCUAUAGGUCUUUGUUUUAUACAAUAAGUCUAUUUUUCUCGUAAAUAUUUUAAAAGUGUAAUAUAUGACAGCCAAAAAUUGCUGAAUUCUUCAUUUCUGCCCUUGUGUUUCAAGAGAGAAUACUUUCCAUCCAAAUGGAGAGAGAUCUGGGUUCAUAUCCCAGUAGGGGCUUAAGAUGAUGCAUGCAAUAUUUUGUUGUUUUAUUUUCUAAAAACAAUAAAUUAAUGAUAAAGAAAUUAAUUUAGUAAGAGUUUUAACAUGUAAUAAUACUAUAGUAUUCAUAUAAUGAGUGGAUUUUAGAAUUAGUCAUGUCUUGAGUUUGUUUGUCAUUAUGAACAUUUUGUCUUAUAUCAAAUUUUUAUAAGUGACAUAAUACUUAAAUUUAGAUUUGAUAAAAGAAUAUUAUGUUUAUAAUUAGGUGCUACGAAAAGCUGUUCAGGAUCUGAUUUUGAAGGAGAUCGAGGAUGAGGUUUUCCUACUUUCAUCCAGAAAUGUUGCCUUGUCUAGUGUUCUUAUUCGAUAUCGCAGCAUUGAAAGCUUGUUUGAGAAUGGAGAACAUCUGAUCAAGGAGAUCAUUAGUGAAAUGUCAGAAAGACUUCCAUUCUUGUUUCGUAUCAUGGCAACCAUUGCUACUGGGGGCAAGGAGCUGCAAGGGACAAAAAUGGCCCCUGUAGCUACAGCAUAUGCAGUGCUAAUGAACGCACAUUCUGACAAGUUGUCGGCAUGGCAUAGGAUGACCACCAUUGUGGCCAUAAAAGGUCAUCUGGAAGAUUCAGCGUUAACAAGAUUCAACCGCCUUGGUGUUACCAUGUCCACAACAACUAAGCUGCGGUUGUUGGAUGAAGCCAGCAGUAUCAUGGACAAGGGCAUCGUAAGCCGAUUGCAGAAGUCCCCAUUAGUCAAGAUAACUGGUGACAACUUGGAUAUGUACAUUAAAACAGGCCAGCAAUCUCUAGAGAAGUCAAAUAGAGACCUUCAUCUGUUUGCCUCUAAUGUACUGUUCAACAGGAUUGCCAGUCCAGAUAAAUACAGUUUGGUGCCCACUCGAACACCACUGACAGAUCUGAAUGCAGAAAUGUUUCUCCUGAGUGGCAAUUACCGGAGUACGCUUGUGAACAGCUACUCUGUAAUACUUGGAAGAAUUCUUUGUGAGCUAAAAGCUUUCUCUUGGAUGGCAAAUGCAUUGCCAGAUCACAUUCACCACCCAUAUCAGCAUGAAAUGAGUCUGAAGUCAGACAUAUUCCAGCUGCCAAUUAUGAUGAAAAACGAAGCCAAACAUGAAGAUUGUGUUGACAUUCUGGACACUUAUGAGGCAGUUCUCAGUGAUUAUUAUCACAAGGCUUUUGGCUCAGAGGAUGUUCUUCACAAGUUUGGUGUCACCGUUGGUGGAGACCAAUUGACAAGAGUUCGGCUUGAAGAAGCCAAAAACCUCCGUGCAUUGGCUACUACACCCAACAAGCGAUUUGAGGACCUGCACCCAUUUGUAAUUGAGUUGUGGCACACAAAGCAAGAUUUUUUGGAGAAAUGCUUCAAAGCACUGUACAGUGCCUCUAGUGUACGCCAGCCUGGUACGCUCUAUUAUUUCAAGUCCAAUCUGCAGCGCACAGAUAUCAACGGAAAGGUGAAGGGAGGCUUCAAGGCACACCAUGAAUUCCUGUAUCUUGUCGGAACAGCUAUGGUUACUGAGCAGUUCCUUCAAUAUUUUGGUAUGGAAAAUGUUGAGUCGGAACCAACCAAAAACAUGCCCAUUAUGAAAAAAAAAUCUUUCAGAUAGGCGCAUUCAAAUAUU